AAUUAUUAAUAAUAGAAAGAAAGCAAUUUCUGAAUAUCGUAAAUGUCGUGCAAUGCACCGAAAAAAUAUACUUGAAAUAAGAAAAAAGCAAAUAGCAAUACUUUCUACAAUAAUUGCUAGCAACCGGAGGAAGUGCUGGACUUUGAAAAGAACAAAGAAAUUCUGGGAAGUGGAUUGCCAGAAAAAUGGUCCAAAUUUUUUCAAAGAAAAUUUUCGCAUGAGUUUGGAAUGUUUUAAGGAGUUAUGUGAAUUAUUAAAAGGACUACAGAAAAGAGAUACAACCUUUCGAAUUUCAAUUUCUAUAGAAAAGAGAAUUGCUAUUGGCUUGUAUUGCCUUGGGUCGUCGGCUGAAUACAGAAGCGUAGCAAAUCUGUUUGGCGUUGGCAAGUCAACCGUGUGCAUUUGCCUGAAAUUAUUUUGCCAGGAGGUGUGGAAAAUUCUUUCACCCUUGUACAUGAAUGCAUUUCCAUUAACAAGCGACAAGGUGAAUGAGUGCAUCAGAGGAUUUGAGGUUCUUGGUUUUCCACAAUGUUUAGGUGCAAUGGAUGGAAGCCACAUUGAAAUAAAACCAGAAUCUCAGAAUGCUGUUGACUACUAUAACUAUAAAGGGUGGUACUCGAUUGUUUUGUUUGCCCUCGUAGAUUAUAGAUACCGUUUUCUUUAUAUAAAUGUUGGGUAUCCUGGAAGAGUCAUUGACUCUUCCAUUUUUGAAAAUUCAUCACUUAAGAGCCAGUUAGAAAAUUGUAUUGCUUUAGAAGACAAAAGUAGGGUGAUUAAUGGUGUCUUUUUGCCAUUGACAUGAAUCCAUCUGAAAUAAAUGAAUAU